UCAAUCCAGACUUCAAAUUUUCCAAAAGAUAAACAUCGAAAGCUGAGCAUCGUUCUAUUAAAAUUUAUUUUGAUCAUCGAGAUUGCUCAUGUCUACCCACUGCCCCGUCGAUUGGACGAUGAUAGGCGAGUAUUUUGUUUCCUCUUUUGUUUCUGUUCCGUGUCUUGUUAGUUUCUUCCUUUUAUCAUCUCCUCUCUGUGUAUUGCCAUUUGCUCUGCCUUCUUCAAACAGAGAUGGUGGAAGAACGUGGAUCAAUAAUAUCGAGUCUCUAGAAUCAUGGACACCCCAAUCGGCUAACAUAGGCGAAGUCACAGUCAGGCCAAUUCUUCUCAGCAACAAUAUCUCCUAUGGCAGUGAGAGCCUGCGGGUUGGAUGUGGAUUCUUCUGCUACUCUAUUCCUUGUCACACGGGCUACUCUUUUGCAGUUUUCUUUGUUAUCUACCAGACUGAUUAUACUGAUCCAGAUGACCUGGAAGUGGUGUGGACUGCAAACAGAGAGCGUCUGGUGAAAGAAAACGCAACCCUUGGACUCACCUCCACUGGGAAUCUUGUGUUGAAGGACGCAGAUGGUAGUCUAGUCUGGUCUACACAUAAAUUCGCCCAAGAUUUCCAAGGAAUAAUGAUUCAAGAAACGGGGAAUUUAGUGCUCUUGAACAGCUCCAAUGGAACCAUGUGGCAGUCUUUCGACCAUCCCACUGAUACGCUCCUGCGAGGCCAGAAGUUGAAGGUGGGACAGAAGCUUAUUGCAAAUAUUUCUCCAACCAAUACAAGUCAAGGGAUUGUUUAUGCAACCAUGCUUGUCAGCGGUUUUGCCCUGUAUACAGCCCCUGCACCUCCUCAAUUUUAUUUUAAAUAUCCCAGAAUACCCACAACUCUCAACCUAGCAUAUACGCAGUUCGGCAAUGAGACGUUCAGUUACUACCCUGAAGGUUUUCCAUCCAAUCCCAUUGCAUUCAGUUCUACAAUGCUCAUAAAUUCCCUCUACUUCAAGAUUGCCUCAAAUGGGCAUGAGCUGUUCUAUUCUUUCGAACAGAAAACUGGAGUGUCUCUUCACGACUAUUUGUCAACAUUUACUAGUGCGCUGGGAACAUGUGACUACCCGACAACAUGUGGGAACUAUGGUAUCUGCACAGAUGGUCAGUGCAGCUGUUCAAAAGAGGCGAAUGUUUUUGGUCAGAUUGACGCCUCAAAACCCAAUCUGGGUUGUCUUCCAUGCAGUCCUCUCGUCUGCCCUGAGAAACCCACAAUGAGUGGCACAAAAAGUUAUCAGUUUUUGGAGCUGGAUCACGUUUCCUAUUUUUCUUACGAUUGGGGAAUUGCCUCCGUUCCGGGUUUGGUCUCAAGGGAGGAAUGCAAAGAUCUUUGCCUCACAAAUUGCUCUUGUAAAGCUGCUUUUUUCAGGUCUGAUGUCUUUGAAAAUUAUUCUAGUGGAUAUUGUUAUCUGGAGUCCAAUGUCUACUCUAUCAAAAUGAACACUCCUAGUGAUACGUUUUAUAAUUCCACUGCUUAUAUUAAAGUUCAGAGAAGCUCCGAGCAUGCUAAGCGCUUGGUUAUAGGUAUUAGUGUUUCUGUCGCUAGUGGAAUGAUUGCAUUUUUUCUCGUAUUGUUGGUCUGGAUAACGAGAUUUAGAAAAGGUGAGCAGAAGCAGAAAAGAGAUGAAAUUGACAACGAUGAUGAGGAUGAUUCUCUGAACUUGCGGACAAGGUUACCAUUGCGGUUCUCAUUCCAGGAACUGCAGAAUGCUACAAAUGAUUUCUCCCUGAAGCUCGGCGGCGGAGGAUUCGGUUCAGUUUACGGGGGCGUUCUGUCUGAUGGCACAAAGAUCGCAGUGAAGCGGCUUGACAAAGCAGGACAAGGAGCAAAAGAAUUUAAAGCAGAAGUGGAAACUGUAGGCAACAUUCAUCAUCGGAAUUUGGUAAGAUUGAAAGGCUUCUGUGCAGAGAAGUCUCACCGAAUGCUGGUCUAUGAGCUUCUACCAAAUGGAUCUCUGGACAAAUGGAUAUUUGCCAACGAUACCCAUCAAAAUAUUCUCGACUUGAAGACCAGAUCCAAAGUAGUUCUUCAUAUAGCACGAGGAUUGACCUAUUUACAUGAGCAGUGUCAACAACGAAUUAUACAUUUGGACAUCAAACCCCUAAACAUUCUUCUGGAUGAAAAAUUUAACGCCAAGGUUUCGGAUUUUGGGUUGGCAAAGUUGAUUGACGGAGAGCAAACUGAAGUGAUAACAAUGACCAGAGGAACGCCAGGAUAUAUGGCACCUGAGUUAUUAAACAAGUACGUUUCUGUGAAAGCAGAUGUAUUCAGCUUUGGCAUUAUUUUGGUAGAAAUUGUCAGUGGAAAGAGAAGCCGAGAGCUUUCAGAUGAUCCUUUGCUUUUAGUCUUACGGAAUAAGGAUGAAAUGGGCAGACUGUCAGACUUGAUAAACCCACGACUUGAUGAUCAAGGGAUGGACGCAAAGGAGCCGGCAGUGACAAUGUUGAAAGUGGGGAUGCUUUGUAUACAGGAUGAUUUAACGAGAAGACCCUCGAUGUCAACUGUUGUCAAGGCAUUGGAGGAGAUGACAGAGCUGUAUAGUCCCCCCACUACGUCGUCCACUUCUCCGCACAAUCCAUUUCCAUCCACGACCAGAUCUGAUCGUUUAGAGCUCUCGUACACCUCUCUGUCUUCUGCACUGUCUGGAAGAUGAUCCUUCGUCCAUCUAUCAAGGAAAACAUCAGAGGCAAGAGCAAACCAAAGCAUGUGACAAAUCCAUUCAUGAGAGUUCCGGUGAUUUUCAUUCUAUCUAUUGUAUCUGUAAUGUAUUCAGAUUAAACAUAAAAUCCGAAUGACAUUUGUU